GAAGGUAAUUUUUUCAUUAAAAUAUUUGGAAAACAUUAUUGAAAAUAUUGGUUUCAUUUUUUCUUAUGUUGGCCACAACAAAAAUAGACAGGAUUUCUUCUUUUUCUAGUAAUUGAGUGUGUGGGAAACAUGAUCAACAAUUUACUUGCUGUUUUGACCAGCUUCUUAGUACUGGCAAAAGCAGGGAAACAUUUUUGGUACUGCAGUUGACAUUGGUAAUUAUCUUAUCAAAAGGUAUUUUCCUAAUAAUUUCUUGUUAGAUAAAUGCCAACAGACCCUAGUCAAGACUAGGUUAGAAGUCUCCUGUCUAACCUGGUAGCUGCCACUGAGAAGCCCACUGGUUACCUAUUACCUGAGGUAUUUGGGAGUGUAGUGGGAAUCAAGCUGAAGCUGGCAACAUUUGAAAGGGUGGCUGCCUUACUGUUCUGAGCAUGCAGUGCAUGGUGAUCUGAACCAGAUUGUAGCUCUGCACCCAAUUCUACUCCCUGUGCUUAAUCCUUCAGUAUUUUGCUUUUAACCUGGGAAUGAUUUCUAAGGAGGUGUAACAUCAACCUGGGAAAUUUCCAUCAGUGCCAGCCAUGUGCUGGAUUUCUGUUUUCUGGGAAGAUAGAAAAUAUGCCCCUCUUCUUCCUAACCACAUAAGUCAAACAUCCUGUAAUUGAAGUAAUCUAAAUAAUCUUCUGCCUCUGAUAUCCUGCUGCCUCAGUACACAAUGACCCAACCACCUAGUAGUGCUGAAGCUGCUUCUCCUUGGUGCACGUCUCUUGCUGGAGGUGGUGUGGAGGAGGGGAACAUAGUUUAAACAGUUUUUUAUCUCUAUUGGAUCCCUGUCAGUAAGGGGAGGCGGAGGUGAAGAGCAAUGACCUGAGCAUAGCAAAUGUUGUUACCCUGUUGCAUCAUAAUUAUUUCAUUUCUGAGGGGAAGUUAAAAGCAACAACAGCAAUAAAAGCAGUGGUUUCUGCCUUGUCUUCCAGAGCAGCUUUAACAGGCAUCUCUACCAUGACUCUGCACUGCUUGCAGAUUUUUCUCUUGCUUCUGCUUGGUUCAUGGUGGCCAGACUCAGAGCAGCAUGUGGCAGGAGCUGUGAAGGUCAGAGAGCACUAUAUAGCUGCACAGAUCACCAGCUGGACCUACAAACCACAACCUGAGGAAAAGUCCAGAUUGGAACAUUCAGAUCCUGUAUUUAAGAAAAUUUCUUACAGAGAAUAUGAAGUGGAUUUUAAAAAAGAAAAACCAGCAAAUACAUUUGCAGGACUUCUGGGACCAACCCUGCGUGCUGAAGUGGGAGAUACUUUAGUGGUUCACCUUAAAAAUAUGGCUGACAAGCCAGUCAGUAUUCAUCCUCAAGGCCUAGUUUACAGCAAAAGUGAAGAAGGCUCCCUGUAUGAUGACAGAACAUCACCUGCAGAAAAGCGAGAUGAUGCUGUACUUCCAGGCCAGCUCUACACAUACGUGUGGGAUAUACCAGAAGAAGUUGGUCCGAGAGAAGCUGACCUUCCUUGUCUUACUUAUGCUUACUAUUCUCAUGAGAACAUGGCAAUGGAUUUUAACUCUGGUCUGGUUGGAGCAUUGCUGGUCUGUAAGAAAGGAAGUCUAAAUGAGGAUGGGUCACAGAAACAUUUUGACAGGGAAUAUGUACUGAUGUUUGGUGUGUUUGAUGAGAACAAGAGUUGGCAAAAAUCAGCAUCAGUCAAGUAUACAAUUAAUGGCUAUACUGAUGGAACGUUACCAGAUUUAGAGGCUUGUGCAUAUGACAACAUUAGUUGGCACUUGAUAGGAAUGAGUUCCAAGCCAGAAAUCUUCUCCAUUCACAUCAAUGGCCAGUCCAUGGAGCAAAAACGCCGUCGAGUUUCUGCUGUUAACUUGGUGGGAGGAGCCUCAACCACCGUAAACAUGACAGUGACUGAGGAAGGAAGGUGGCUCAUAUCUUCUCUUGUCCAAAAGCACCUGCAAGCUGGAAUGCACGGUUACCUCGCUGUAAGGGAUUGUGGGGACAAAGAGGUGAAGAAGAGUCGUCUCUCCUAUAGAGAACGUCUUAUGGUCCAAACCUGGGACUAUUUCAUUGCUGCAGAAGAAGUUACCUGGGAUUAUGCCCCAAGAAUUCCAGACACCCUUGAUAGACACUAUAAAUCGCAACACUUGGACAACUUCUCCAAUCUCAUAGGUAAAAGGUAUAAAAAAGCUAUUUUUACACAAUAUACUGAUGCCAGCUUCACUAAACGUCUGGAAAAUCCUCGUCCCAAGCAAACUGGAAUCUUGGGCCCUAUUAUCAGAGCUCAAAUCAAUGAUAAAGUCAGAAUUGUAUUCAAAAAUAAGGCCAGUCGACCCUACAGCAUUUAUUUCCAUGGAGUGACACUUGCAAAGAAUGCAGAAGGAGCUGAUUAUCCUCUGGAUCCCACAAGCAAUGGCACCCAGAGUAGAGGAGUUGAACCAGGGAAUACGUACACUUAUGAGUGGAAAAUUGCUAAAACAGAUCAACCCACUGCACAGGAUGCACAAUGUAUUACAAGGCUGUAUCACAGUGCUGUAAAUACUGAGAGAGAUAUAGCCUCUGGACUGAUUGGCCCACUUCUGAUUUGUAAAAGUGAAGCACUGACACAAAAGGGUGUGCAGAAAAAGGCAGAUGAGGAGCAGCAGGCAAUGUUUGCUGUGUUCGAUGAAAAUAAGAGCUGGUACCUAGAGGAUAACAUCAAGGAGUACUGCAGCAACCCAGCCACUGUUAAAAGGGAUGAUCCCAAGUUCUAUAACUCAAACAUAAUGCACACAAUAAAUGGCUAUGUGUCUGACAGCAGCGAAAUCCUUGGAUUUUGCCGAGAUACUGUGGUUCAGUGGCACUUUUUCAGUGUUGGCACCCAUGAUGAGGUUGUCUCUGUUCGCCUUGCUGGACACUUUUUUCUGUAUCAAGGGAAAUACGAGGAUACAUUGAGCCUUUUCCCCAUGAGCGGAGAAUCGGUCACAGUGGAAAUGGACAAUGGUGGUACUUGGCUUUUGGCAUCCUGGGGCACCCCAGAAAUGAGUUAUGGCAUGAGGCUGAGAUUCAGGGACGCAAAGUGUGACUAUGAGGAAGAUGAAACAUUGGAUUUUGUGGCUUUAAGUCCCACCAAGACUGAAAGAAAGGCUGUUCCCACCACAGUUGAGCAAGUUGUGCAAGAAAAGGAGGAAAACAAGGAAGAAUUGGAUUAUCAGGAUUAUCUGGCUUCUGUUUACUCCAUCCGAGGCUCAAGAAAGGCAGCAGGUGAUGAAGAAAAACAGAAUCUUACAGCACUGGCCUGGGAGCAGUACGAAGACAUUGAUGCCAUGAGUUCUGAGGUAGCAGCUGGCUCAGGUCUGACAGCUAUAAAUAGUAGUGGAACAACAAACAACUCUAAGUUCUUUGAAACUCAUAUCACUCCUCUUCCCCCAGUCAAGGCUGAAACAUUCCAGUCAAAUCACACAUCAAUCACAGCAGAAGAGGAUUUAUUUUUAGCUACCACAAGUGAUGGAGAAGCUGACUUGGUAUUUGAGAAUAGAAGCCAAAGCAACUAUGAAAUAGCUCACAGUAACAUGUCUGCAGGUGAACACAUGCUGAGCAAUGGGGGAGGCCCAGUGAAUGUUGCAGAAGAGCUUCCAGCUGAUGGAAAGGACAGUAAACCUUUUCCAGAAAAAUAUCAAGAGCAAAGCACGGGAAGAGGAAAUUAUACUACUAACAAGAAAAGGAAAAGGCGAAGCUCACUGGCCAUUAAGUUUUACUCUGUCCAAAAGAUGAAUGCCCUUCUAAAUCAUGUCCGAAAUAAAAAUGUCUCAUUUUCUGACAAGACUGAUGCACCUCAUUUUGUGUAUCAUACAGAGAACACAUCUAAUGAAGCCAUGGUGGGAACUGGCAAACUGCAAAAUGAAUAUGAUGAUGAUCUGAAAGAGGAGGGAAAGAAGAUGGAAAAUGCCAUGCACACAGUUAACUUGACACUGGAUUUGGACCUCAUAGUAGGAGAAGGGUCUAAUGCAUCCAGCCUUUCUGAACCCAGGAUAUCCAAAGAUAAACCAGCCGAUGUUUUUUCUUUAGAAUAUACAUUAGACAAUACAAGCCCUAAUUCCAGCCCUGCUGUAGUGAAGAACUUACUAGAAGCAUCAUUGCCCGGGGCUGGGAAAUAUUCAUCUAAAAUGACUAGUAAGGAAUGGAAUUUGGUGUCUGCAAAGAUGAAUCCAGGAUUAGAGGCAAGCUUAGAUAAAUCUGCUGGUGGUAAGUUAAAUCAUCAUGGCAGAAAUGGUACAGCAUCCAUAAAUAAGGAAGAUAUGAAGAAAGAUCAAGGGCUCUCACAUCUAAUGGGGGAAAACCAGAAAGUGAGCCACAUUCACCCGACUCAGAAAGGAAAGGAGGGAAACAACAAUACCUUGACUUCAUCUGGAACCUUCAUCAAGAUCCGAAGGAGAAAGAAGGAAGAUGCAAAAAUUACCUACUUGCUGAGCCCAAGGAGUAGAAACUCCAAAAAGCCCAGCAAUUCCGUGGCAGGGUUUGGCCGUGCGCUUCAGGGUGGGACCAACCACACAGCAGUGCCAUGUUGCGCAGAUGCCACCAAGGCAGCCAGUGAGGUCAGCCAGAGUGUGGGUGUGAGCAGAGCCAGGCUCGGAGAGUCGCUGGGGGAAACCCUCACCCCGCGGCAGUUCAGGCCGUCCAUCACCAUCGGGCUGCCCCGAGCAGACGGAGACUACGAGUAUGUGAUAGGAGAAUCCUACAGCGACGAGAGCUCGGGUGGCGAAUACGAGUACCAUUAUGUGAGCUUUGAUGACCCCUACAUGACAGACCCCAAGGUGAACAUCAGCAGGCAGCGUAACCCUGAUGACAUUGCUGAGCACUACCUGCGCAGCAGAGGCAAUAAGAGGAGAUAUUACAUCGCAGCUGAAGAGGUCUGCUGGAACUAUGCAGGAUAUAAGAAAAGUGCAAUGAGGAAUGACAAAACCUGUAAAGAUGGCAGCAGACGCAAGGUGAUUUUCCAGAGCUACACAGACAGUACCUUUUCAACUCUUCAGGAUGAAGAUGAAUAUACAGAACAUCUUGGCAUCCUGGGACCAGUUAUUCGGGCUGAAGUGGACGAUGUUAUCCUAGUUCAUUUUAAGAAUCUGGCAUCCAGACCAUAUUCCCUCCAUGCCCAUGGAGUCCUCUAUGAAAAGUCCUCUGAGGGAAGCGUUUAUGAUGAUGAAUCUACUGCUUGGUUUAAGGAAGAUGAAGUUCAGCCAAAUAACAGCUACAUAUAUGUAUGGUAUGCAAACCAGCGAUCGGGCCCUGUGCAGUCAGGAGCAGCUUGUCGGUCCUGGGUCUACUACUCUGAUUUAAACCUGGAGAAAGACAUUCAGUCUGGUUUGAUUGGGCCUAUACUGAUCUGUGAAAAAGGAACCUUCAGCAAAUCAAACAGCAGCAGGACAUAUACACGAGACUUCUUCUUGCUUUUUAUGGUCUUUGAUGAAGAGAAAAGCUGGUACUUUGACAAACAUUCUGGAAAGCCUUGUAAUGAGAAGACACAAGAAAUGCAGCAAUGCCACAAAUUCUAUGCCAUUAAUGGGAUUACCUACAAUUUGCAAGGCUUGAGGAUGUAUGAAGGUGAAACAGUCCGAUGGCACUUGCUGAAUAUGGGUGGCCCAAAAGACAUUCAUGUUGUUCAUUUUCAUGGACAGACUUUCAUAGAACAAGGAGAGCCAGAGCAUCAGCUUGGUACAUACACUCUCCUCCCAGGCUCAUUUAGAACAAUUGAAAUGAAACCACAGAGACCUGGCUGGUGGCUUUUAGACACUGAAGUGGGGGAAUACCAGCAAGCAGGAAUGCAGACAUCCUAUUUGGUUAUAGAGAAAGAGUGCAGGAUUCCAAUGGGCCUGGCAAGUGGGGUUAUACUCGAUUCGCAGAUUGAUGCUUCACAUCACAUAGACUAUUGGGAACCUAAGUUAGCCCGAUUAAAUAAUUAUGGAACAUACAAUGCUUGGAGUACUACAAUGGAGGAAGAACUGCCUUGGAUCCAGGUGGACUUUCGAAGACAGGUUUUGCUCACUGGGAUACAGACACAGGGAGCCAAGCAGUUUUUUAAGUCCUUGUACAUCCAGAAGUAUUUUCUUGUUUACAGCAAAGACAAACGGACAUGGAACACCUUCAAAGGAGACAGCUCGCCAACAGGAAAGAUUUUUGACGGUAAUUCCAAUGCCUAUGACAUAAAAGAGAACAUCAUUGAUCCCCCUAUUAUUGCUAGGUACAUCAGAAUCUACCCCACUGAGGUCUACAACAGGCCUACUCUUCGCAUGGAACUUCUGGGCUGUGAAGUAGAUGGCUGCUCUUUGCCACUUGGAAUGGAAAGUGGAGAGAUCAAGAAUACCCAGAUAACAGCCUCAUCUGCAAAGACAUCCUGGUUUAGCACAUGGGAUGCUUCACUUGCUCGUCUCAAUCAGAAUGGAAAGAUAAAUGCCUGGCGAGCCAAGUUUAAUGACAACCAACAGUGGCUGCAAAUUGACCUACUCACUGUUAAGAAGAUCACUGCUAUUGCUACGCAGGGCGUAACAUCCAUGUCAGCUGAAAACUUUGUGAAAACCUAUGUUCUUCUGUACAGCAAUGAAGGCUUUGAGUGGAAAUCCUACACAGAGGGUUCAAGCUCAAUGCCAAAGGUUUUCCUGGGUAAUGCAAACAGCAAUGAGCACGUCAAGAAUUUUUUUAACCCACCCAUCCUGUCCAGGUUCAUCCGCAUUGUUCCAAAAACAUGGUACCGUGGGAUUGCCCUUCGGGUAGAACUCUAUGGCUGUGAUUUUGGUGGAGGUCUGGCUGCAAAAAGGACUGAUGAGUCUGGGAGCUCUUAACCUGCCAGCAGUCAUCAUGCAGAACAACCUGUUUGUCUAGAAACCCUUAAAACAGUCACACUUAGUAGUUUGGAUAUGUGCUUUGUCAAAGGAACAUAAUGUUUUACUAGCAGGAUUGAGAGAUUUCUCUGGCAUGUGUUUCAUUCCUACAAAUACACACUUUAGAAAACAGCUUAUUUUCUCUGAGAAAAUCUCUUUUCCGCUUCUUUUCUCUGGAAGAAAUAGUAGUCCCUUCUGAUUAGUAUUAUCAUUUCUUCAUGAUAACCAGUACUCUGUCUUACUUUUUAUUUAAUUUUAAGUCCUAAACCCCUAGGAAUGGAGACUCUGGCCUUGAUCCUGAGCCCUGGCUAUCUCCAUUUUGAAAUGCUUUUGCAGCACAGAUGAGGAAUAGAAAGCUAUAGCAGGUGGAUGUUCUCCAUACAUAAGGCUGAGAGGGAAAACCAGUGCUGAUCUGGAGAUGUGGAGCUGCAUUCCAGCAGUACCUUGGUGAGAAAUGAUUGUAGGGGUGGCCUCUCCUCCACAUGUCUUUUGCCUGCACUGUGGCAAAGAUAGGACAUGUCUCAGCAUUAAGGUAUGUCCAGCCCCUUCUCAGAGAAUGUGUGCUGGCAUUGUUGGUUUGGUUCUUGCAUACCCAGCACACUUGAAUGGUGUAGAUUUCACAGAAUUCAUCUUCAGUGCCCUGGAAAGAGAAACGGGGGUCAGCAGUGCCUUUCCAUCCCAGAAACAAGAAGGGAAGUGAUUUAACCUGACAGGUGAUGGAACAGCAAUGGGAGAACCAAAACAAGAAUUCAGAACUCCUGAUGCUUAGUCCCAUAUACACUUUUAGACUGUUGGGACAGGGAGCUCCCUUGAUGAGGAAAGCUUUGAGAACUGCAGCUCUUCAGUGGCAGUACAGCCUGGGGGUGGCAGAGGAGGAUUAGAUGAAACUGGGUAACAGAAACAGCUUCAUCUUCUCUUACAAUUUAACAGCAUUUUUACUAAUGGAAAUACUCAUGUGCAUAGAUUUUACAUGGAUAUUUCCCAGGAUAACACAUCUGAAAAUAGAUACACAGUCCAUAAACUCAUUAUUCCAGCAGAAUUUUAACUAAGCUUUCAGUAGUGUUCUGGACUUUUAUCCUUUAUAUUGCUUAUUUGCAGCACUUCACUUAUCACACUAGGUACCAUUCAGCAGGCUGGAUUUUUAAAGUAAUUUGUCUUUGAACCUUGAAUGGUGUUAGCCAGUUUUAUUUCAGUAGUUUUUCAUUUCUUUCUCAUACAGAACAUGCAUUUUAAAGAGAAGGUAUAGAACAGGAAUGAAAAACGUGUAAAAAACUAAACAAAUAUUUUCUUCUGGUUUUUCUUCUUUUUUUACUAUGUCACAAACUGUUGUAAUUUUCCACUGGAAAAUAAAGCUAAUAUUGUUGCAUG